GUAAGCUUUCUUUUCAUGAAAAUGGCUGUACCUUGCCUUUGUUCUUCUUCGUGCAUUCUGGGAGUGAAGGGCAAGACUCAGUUUCAGAGCCUUGGAUGGCUGGUUGGCAGUUUGUCAGAUGGCAAACUCUUGGAGAGACAGUUGAACCAGCCGUGGAAUGUUACUAUUUUGCUACUCUGUGGACAAUGUGUGUCAUCUCUUGUAAAGACAAGAAUCUCGAUCCUGGUCUCUGUGUACAUUUGCAAAAGAGAGGGAUGAUACUAAAGACUUUAAUUGUUACUGCAUUAUCUACAUCUUAGUAUUUUAGGUUGCCAUCGGGGAACAUGCUUAUGCAGGGCUGUUAAGAUGAAGUUGGUGACAUGGAAAAAAUGGAAUGUGAUAUAUUCAGCAGUAGUUUUAGGUAGAUUUAGGAUCUCUUUUAAUAACAUGGGAUUUGUUUUCCAUGUUCUUGUAUCCACUGUCAAGGGAAGACAAGAUCCUAUUGUAUCCGCCCUCAAGUUACUUUUGUUUUAGCUGGUUCUUAUGAUUCAGUUCACUGUAACUUCCUUAUUCUAACAGAAUCAGAAAGUUUCAAUCUACAGUUUGAAAACCUUCAGACUGAAUGAUGGUAAACUUGGGUUGUGACCUCUGGUAGUAUUCCAAACUAACACUUGCCAUGAUCUGGUAACUGAUUUAGAGUUGGGCCUUGUUCAGUUAGGCAAAUACUCCAUUUGUAUCAUUUAUUUUACCAUGAAAAACAGAGGCAGGAUGGAACUUGUGCUGUUCUCUAUAUGCUCAUAGUACCUGGAAGAGCUGGAGCAUGUGUACAGAACUGGAGAUCUCCAGACCUGUCCAGGUCUAGAUUUACAUUGCAAGCUCAUGUGACUCUUCCAUAUAUUAACCAAUUUACUUGAAGCUGAACAAACUAAAAGGUAGAAAUUCAGGACCUGAAUUUUUUGAGGUUAGUGGGCACUGUCUUGUGUUCUGUCCUGUGUGGCAGAAAAAAGGCAGGGUGCAUGGUUUUAAAACCUUGGAUGAAAUAGAUUUGAUAUUGCAUUCUCAUUUUAUUGGAGAAGUUUGGCCAAAACCAAGUCAUUGAACUGAUUUGGUUUGUGUCUUUUGCGUGCAGCUGCAGUUUCUGUUCUAAUUUGAGUGGAUUUUCUGUUUAGGACUGAUUAAAAUUGCUUCUUAAUUUGUAGAUAAGGCAAAUGUUGCCAGAACACAUCAAUUAAUUACUGGAAAAGAUAGAUUCUAUGUGAAUAAUGACAUAAGGGACCAUUAUGGAUCCCAGAAUGGUUGAGGCUUGAAUGGACUUCUGAGGAUCAUAGAUUACAACCUCCCUGUUGUAGAGACUACCAAGACCUGAGUGGAAAAUUCCAGUACUUUCGUCAGAGUGAAGGCAUAGAUAGCAAUAUUGGUAUUUUCCUGAUGGUCUGACUGUAUUUGCUGAAUCAGAAUGUUGGUCCAAUCAUGGUAAGCUUUGUCUGAGUGUUUAAGUAGCAAUUUGUUUAAUUUCUGCGUGGUAACCCUUUCCCAGAAAAGUAUUGAUGUACAGCUAAAAACGGGAACACCCCUGGGUUAGCACCCUUGGUUGAAGGCAAACACAUGCUUAAGUGACUUGCUGGACUUGAGCCCAAGGCCUUGUUCACAAUGAUGGGUCUGUUUCCCACUGCACUCACGUUCUGUCAUCAAAUGUGGCACUAGCCAGCAUCUCUGCCUAACAGCAUAGCAGUCCUGUCACUUUGCUCAGAAUUGGGAGCUGUGUUUCUUGCCUGGUAUUUCUGAAAGCAGCAAACAUAGGGCAAUGGAAUUAGCAGGAUGUCUUUUAAACAUGUUAAGAUGUUUGUGGCACUGAAUCAGACAGACAAAUAAAACUUUACAAACAUUCUGGCUGGUUUUAAAACUGGGCACAUCUCCCGAUUCCUGUUUUAGUCAGUGCAGAUUGAGAAUAGCAGUAAGUGGCAUAUCCACUGAAAUAAUAACUGUUUUAAAGUAGUGAAUUGUUUAUCCUUGAGAUGUUGUUUGGAAAAAGAAGCUUCUGAAACAGAGAGGAAAGCAGGUGGAUGGAUGCAGGAAGCAACUGACAGUCUGGAAAAAAGAAGUGGGUUUGUCAGUGUCAAAAUCAGAGUUCUAUCUUUUGAAAAUGGACAUGCCAGUUUGUGAGUAAGCAGGGAGUAACUCAGCACUAAAGGAAUCUCCCUCCUACAGUGCCAUAUUCUUUAAAAGCUGAGGGAAAAUCCUGAUAAGCAUGAAUACAACCUUCUAAGUUCGUUUCAGCUCUUAUCUACAAAGUAAUUAAUGCAAAAGCUUUCAUUACACAAGAGAAGCAGAAAUUAAUAGCUUGCAUAUACUAAAGACUGAGUGUGAUUUAUUUUCUUACUGCUGUUAGAGACUAUUUAAUUAGACUGCAAUCACAGUUCUUGUCUCUAGCUUGUCAAAAUACAUUAUUUGAAAGGAAAUGCCAAAUCUGAGGUUUAAAAGGAAACCAAACUUAUUUUGUCUGCAACCAGGUUUUUCGGUGGAAACUGUGGAACUGUUCCUCCUUCACUGCUGCUCUGUGAGAUCAACUAUGGAACAUACUCAAGAACAAGAAGCAUGUCUUGAGCAAACCCAGAGAUACUGUGUGCAGAGACCAAUAUAUAACCAGGAGCUCCUGCAAGGACAGCUGCACAGGCGACAGAGAACCCCUCAGACUUUAGGGCAGAAGAUUGCACAUUCUUGUCGUUGUUCUUCUAAGAAAGCCAAGUCUCAUCUUUACAGUUUCUUACCAAUUUUAAAAUGGCUUCCUCGUUACCCAGUGAAGGAAUACUUAUUGGGAGACAUUAUCUCAGGUAUAAGCACUGGAAUCAUGCAGCUUCCUCAAGGUUUGGCCUAUGCUUUGCUGGCGGCUGUUCCCCCAGUAUUUGGCCUAUAUUCUUCAUUUUAUCCUGUUUUUCUAUAUACUUUUUUUGGAACCUCCAGGCACAUAUCAAUAGGCACUUUUGCUGUGGUUAGUAUGAUGAUUGGUGGCGUUGCUGUGAGAGAAGUGCCUGAUGAAAUUAUUUCUCUGGAGUCUAAUUCUACUAAUAUUACAGAUGUCCUUGAAUAUUACAGUGCUAGGGAUACCAAGAGGGUGCAGGUAGCUGUGGCUCUUGCCUUUCUUUCAGGACUUAUCCAGUUGUGUUUAGGUUUCCUUCGAUUUGGAUUUGUGGCCAUCUAUCUAACAGAGCCUCUGGUGCGAGGAUUUACCACUGCAGCUGCAGUUCAUGUCUUUGUUUCCCAAUUAAAGUAUCUCCUUGGCAUCCAGACCAGCCGGUACAGUGGACCCCUGUCACUUGUAUAUACCCUAGCUUCCGUGUUUUCAAAAAUAACAACCACCAAUAUUGCUGCAUUGAUUGUUGGAUUAACGUGCAUUAUUCUGUUGCUGAUUGGCAAGACAAUCAAUCGCCGUUUUAAGAAGAAGCUCCCAGUUCCUAUUCCUAUGGAGAUCAUUGUGGUCAUUAUUGGCACAGCAGUUUCAGCUGGAAUGAAUCUGAAUGAGUCAUACAAAGUGAAUGUUGUUGGGAAUAUUCCUCAAGGGUUACGUGCACCAGCAGUUCCUGAGGUUCAGCUAAUCCCAGCAAUACUUGGGGAUGCAGUAGCAAUAGCAAUAGUUGGAUUUUCAAUGGCUGUAUCAAUGGCCAAGAUCUUUGCCCUUAAACAUGGAUACACCAUCGAUGGGAAUCAGGAACUUAUUGCCUUGGGAAUAUGCAACUCUGUGGGGUCAUUUUUCCAAACCUUUCCAAUCACGUGCUCAAUGUCUCGGAGUCUUGUCCAGGAGAGCACUGGUGGAAAAACUCAGAUUGCAGGUGCACUCUCUGCAAUUAUGGUUCUGUUGGUAAUUGUGGCUAUUGGAUACCUUUUUGAACCACUUCCUCAGACAGUGCUAGCUGGAAUUGUCAUGGUGAACCUAAAGGGAAUGCUUAAACAGUUUAGAGAUAUCAUGCGCUUCUGGAGAACCAGUAAGAUCGAGCUGGCCAUCUGGGUGGUAGCUUUUGUGGCUUCUCUUUUCCUGGGACUAGACUAUGGUUUGCUUACUGCAGUAACAUUUGCAAUGAUAACCGUUAUUUACAGAACACAAAGCCCUGAAUACAGAAUCCUUGGUCAGAUUCCUAACACUGACAUCUACUGUGAUGUGGAAGAGUAUGAAGAGGUUAAAGAAUAUCCUGGAAUCAAAAUAUUUCAAGCUAAUACAUCUCUUUAUUUUGCCAAUAGUGAGUCAUAUACAAGUGCACUGAAGAAAAAGACUGGAGUGGACCCUAGUGCCUUAUUAGCAGCAAGGAGAAAAGCCCAGAAGCGCCAUGCCAGGGAGAUAAAGGCAGCAAAUGAACACAGAAAGAAAGCUGUGCUGAAGCUCGUGAGCUCUCCGACAAACGACGUAGAAGCAAGUGUAAAACAUGAGAUAGCAAGUGAUGACUUACCUGUGAAUGGAAAAUUUGCAGAUUCUAGUGUACAAGACAUGUCUCCUGAUGAGCAUGAACAUUUUGUGGAGCCCAAAACGAAUAUUCACUCUUUAAUUCUGGAUUUCACCCCAGUGAAUUUUGUGGAUUCAGUUGGAGCAAAAACACUAAAAUCAAUUAUAAAAAAAUACAAUGAAGUUGGUGUCUGUGUCUGCAUUGCCAGCUGUAGUGACCCUGUGACAAAUGAACUGACAAGACUGAAUUUUUUUGAUACAAGUGUAACAAGAGAGUUGCUGUUUCACAGUAUCCACGAUGCUGUUCUUGCUUGCCAAGUGAAAGAUGGGUCUGCUGCACAGGCUGACUCCAACCUUUGAAGAGUGGCAUCGAGCAGAAUGGGAGCCAGAUUUAUGCUGAUGGAGAUUCUUUCUGAAUAUUUAAUUUGCACAGUCUGAAGAGAGCCUGAAGCUGUUUGUAUCUACGGGUAUAGGGUGAUGCUUAUUUUAUGUAGGAAGAGUGGAUAAGGAAAUGGAGGCCUUCAUGCUCUUGAAUUUUUUCCUUCAAUCAGGAUAUAGCCUUCCAAAAACACACAAGCACAAAAUUAUGCAAGAAAAGAAAAUUCAGUGUAUUCUGCUGCAAUCAGAAUCUGGUGGACAAGGUGACAUUCCUAUUCCUGGUGAGAAAAUGGGCACUUUAACUCACUACAAGUGGGAUCUUGCAGGAGGUAACUGUUCUGCAAGUGCAAUACACUGUACCAGUGUCUUUAAAGAACUAUCUUAGGUGACUUUUAAAGCCUGAUGUCAACAUGUGCACACAAAACGUUUGUACAAUGCAUAAUACUCUGCCAGCUGGAUUAAUGAAUUCACACUGGUGGCAUUUAGCUGCUGCUGUUUUUAAAUUUAGACAGUACAGUUAUGUUUUUAAAAAUACCUAACCUGUCGCAGCUACACCCAAUUCUUCAUUUUUGCUCUAAGUGAACUUCAAGUCAGAAACUCAUUGUUUAAUUAUUACAUUAUAAGUAGGGUACUUGCAUUGCCAAAACUCAGGCUUUCUAGAAAAGAAAACAGCUGAUUUUAAGCGAAACUUAAUUUAGCUUCAAAGUUUGAAGACAAAACUGGUUUAAGACAGGAAUGAAGCCUAUUUAAGAACUGAUGCCCUAUAUGCAGUCUCUUUAGGAAGGAAAAUUUAAGCAAGGUCUAAAGUCUCAGUGGUCCAAAGGAAAAAAAAAAAGGUACUUUGCCCAUCUUCCUCCAAGUAGUGCUGCUUCUGCCUCAGCUUUUAAGUGCUUUGAGAAAUAGAGUUCAAUAGAACUCAAAAAUGGUACAUGUUUGGGUUUUCUAAAGGAAACAGUAGCAUGGGGUUUCUUUUUCUUUUGUCAGCCUGGCCACUGUGGUACUGCCUGACUUCAGGUGUGAGAUGAAGACCAUGGAACUCAUGCAAAAGAAAUCUUCAAUGCCCCUGUUUCCCUCACAGCAGUCACUGUGAAGCUCAGCAGAGACAGGAACCUAAAAGUGUUUCUCUGUAGGUUGUUUUGACAGCACAGGGCAAGUAGGGCAUCAGGGAUGUUUGACUCAGCACCCUCAAAUCAUAGAUCCUGUGCAUAAGGAAUUCAGACCUUCCUCACCUCUGGUCACAGAAUGUAAUACUCUUAUUUUAUUUCAGGCUCUGUUGCAGUUAGGGAUUGCUUCAGGUAAAGUGUUUCCAGGAACCAGGGAAGUUGGGGAAGAUACUUUAUUUCCUCAAACUCCCAUAGGGAUGGGAAGCUUUCUGCAUCAGAAAUUGCUGCUUAGCUGGAGUUCAAAGGAUGAAGUGCAUGCAUGUCAAGACAUUGUGUGUGCUUAUUUAAACAACUUUUGGUACAUUUUAUGAUGUUCAACAAACCUUUGUAUCUAGAUACAGUAUAUUUUUCUACUUUCAGCUUGUGGCAGCUUCAGUUUUUAACUCUGUAGUCUCUUCAGUUCACAUUGAAAUCCUGUCAACUUCCAAAAUAAAGUGGCAUCACUUGUCAAAAUUU